CAUAUAUUUGGAGAAAAUCAAUAUUUACUUAGAGAAUAGAAUUAUGGGAAGGAGGGAGAUGAAAAAUAUUGUCAUGAUUGUGGUCAUGAUUAUGACAAUGGUUGUGUUUGAUUUUGCAAAAGGUGAUGAUGAUUUUCUAAGAACUAAUGACACAAAAAGUACAAUCGGUGAAAUCAUUUGCAUGGGGAAAUGUGCUGUAAAAUGUAGGAGAGUCUUUGCAAUUCGUCCAGUUUAUAUAGCAUGUGUUGGUGCUUGUGGAUUAUUGACUUGCCAUAAGACAUUAUCUAAAGAAGUAUAUGAUUGUACUACUAGUUGUGCUUCUCCCAAGUUCAAUGAAGCUGAUUUUGAUGAUCGUGCCGUAAAUUCCAUCAUGAAUACAUGUUUGGAAUCUUGCAAGAGCAAAUAGUAUAUGUUAAAUGUUAGAAUCAAUCAUUCUGAAGAUUAUGGACUUAAGAAAUUGUGUUUAUUUUUAUUGUCAUAAUACAUUUUAAAUAAAUAACUUGUAUCUGAUGUCUCACUUUCACGGACUUAAAUAAAUUUACUCUUAAGCUAAACAUUGCUCUGACACCAUAUCAGUUCUUUGUCAUUGUGGAGUGUUUAGCUUAAUCGAGUUACCUCAUAUUUCUUCUUCUUUUAAAGCUUCUUUAAAAAAUUUGUAAUUUCUUCAUGUA